UCAAAAUUAAGGGUUCCAGACUUCUAGUUCCCUCCUCCCUCAGACCCAGAAGUGCAGGCCUCCAGCAACUGAGGAUCACCCUGGUUCCAUCACGAUUACCUAGGAAGAGACCCGCCCACAUAGGGAGGGUGGGACGGAGAAAUACUGGCCAGGCAGGGUGGCCGGGAUGCUUAGGACUCAGUAGGGAGAACCAGCCAGGCAGCACAUCACAGCGGGAGGAGCUGUCCCAGGUGGCGCAGCUCAGCAAUGGCAAUGGGGGUCCCCAGAGUCAUUCUCCUCUGCCUCUUUGGGGCUGCACUCUGCCUGACAGGGUCCCAAGGCCUACAGUGCUACAGUUUUGAGCACACCUACUUUGGCCCAUUUGACCUCAGGGCCAUGAAGCUGCCCAGCAUCUCCUGUCCUCACGAGUGUUUUGAGGCUAUCCUGUCUCUGGACACCGGGUAUCGCGCGCCGGUGACCCUGGUGCGGAAGGGCUGCUGGACCGGGCCGCCUGCCGGCCAGACGCAAUCGAACCCCGACGCGCUGCCGCCAGACUACUCGGUGGUGCGCGGCUGCACAACUGAUAAGUGCAACGCCCACCUCAUGACUCAUGACGCCCUCCCCAACCUGAGCCAAGCACCCGAACCACCGACGCUCAGCGGCGCCGAGUGCUACGCCUGUAUUGGGGUCCAUCAGGAUGACUGCGCUAUCAGCAAGUCCCGUAGGGUCCAGUGUCACCAGGACCAGACCGCCUGCUUCCAGGGCAAUGGCAGAAUGACAGUCGGCAAUUUCUCAGUCCCUGUGUACAUCAGAACCUGCCACCGGCCCUCCUGCACCACUGAGGGCACCACCAGCCCCUGGACAGCCAUCGACCUCCAGGGCUCCUGCUGUGAGGGGCACCUCUGCAACAGGAAAUCCAUGAUCCAGCCCUUCAACAGUGCUUUGGCCACCACCUCUCCCCGAGCAGUACAGGUCCUGGCCCUGCUCCUCCCGGUCCUCCUGCUGGUGGGGCUCUCAUAGACUGCCCCUCCAGGAUGCUGGGGACAGGGUUCACAUACCUCCUUCUUGCUGCUUCAGCCCCUAUCACAUAGCUCACUGGAAAAUGAUGUUAAAAUAAGAAUUACACUCGUGUCCCUCUGGCCUUUCAUCUCUCCCUCCCUCGUGCCCCCCAACCUGGUCAACAGGACUGGAACAAACUGGACACAGUCACCAGCAUCCCAGGGGAGGGCAAAACAGCCAUGUCCUGCCCUGAUGAAGAGCAAUUCUCAUCACAGCUGUUACUUACUGAGCACCAGGCACCCCGUAACACGGCUUCCUGUGCUCUCCCUCCAGAGCUUGUCGCAGCUCUAGGAGGGAGCUAUACAAUGAUGUCUUUAUUAGUGUCAUCAUGAGAGGCCCAAUAAGCAGUAUGCCCUCACAGUUAGUAGGCCAGCCUCUGGAGGUAAGCUGCAUGGGUUCAAAUCCCAGCUCCACCGUUCAUCCCACAGAGACCAUGGACGAGUCACUUGAACUCUCUGUGCCAAUAUUUUCUUACCUAUAAGGUGGAGGUGAAAAUAAACUCUAUAAAUGACGACAAGAACUGCUUCACAGUAGUUGUGGUGAGAAUUCAACAAGAUUAACCUUUAGUACUUGGGACACAGCAGUGGCCCAGUAUAAGUGGGCUACUGUCUUAAGCUCUAAGUCACAGGUCAACAAACUGAAAGGCAAAAGCACUUGGUUGAGCUUGUGUAUCUAGUGAGUAGAGAAUCAAGAACCAGAUUCCCAGCCCCAUGAACUGCUAAGCAACACCACCUCCCAAACACAUGAGUGCCAAUUAACUUCACAGAAAAAUACAAAAGGCAAAGUUCAGCGAGGUGAAAUUCUCCAAGCUGUAAAGAUCAGGGAAGACUUCCUGGAGGAAUUAACCCUUGAGCAAAAUCCUAAAGGAUCAAUAGUAGCUGGCAAAAAGAAGCAAGAGGAAGGGCAUUCUAGCUAGAGGAGACAGCCUGGACAAAGGUCUGAGGGAGGAAGGAACACAGGGUGUACAGGACACUUUCAUAAGUACCUGAACUUCAUAGAAAUGGGAUCCUUCAGCAUGUUCUCUGUGCACAUGCUUUACUAUGUUCUUUCACAUGCUUUUUGCCACUUGAUCUUUCCAGCAACUCAGUGAGGGAAGCAAAAAAGUAAGUUGCAUCCUG